AUGUCGUCUGAGGCCAUGGGUAUAAAGCACAAUAACGCUCCAGCAGCGGGCUUGGAGAUUGAGAAUACAAAGUGCGAGUGUUGCGGUUUCACGGAAGAGUGCACGGCGUCGUACAUUGCUCGCGUGCGCGAGAGGUGCGGAGGCCGAUGGAUUUGUGGUUUAUGCGAGGAGGCGGUUAAAGAUGAGAGCUAUAGGUUGAGCAAGGCUAUCAGUGUCUCAGAAGCAUUGGAAUUGCACAUGAAGUUCUGUCAGCAAUUCAAAUCUUCAAUUCCUCCAAUUAAUCCUACAGGGAAGCUGAUUUCUGCUGUCAAACUUUUAAUCCGGAGAAGUUUGGAUUCGCCGAGGAAGAAGAAUGGGUCGGUGUUUCUUUCCUCGUCGUCGUCUUCGUUUUCUUGUGAGUUUAAGUUAAUUAAUUAG